AGGUAAUGUUAUAUACCCAUCAAAUGUUAUUUUAUACAGUAUUGGCAUCAAUUUCAACCGGUAAUAUCGAGUCACUAAGUUCCUGGUGGAUCAUAGGAAUUCAGUAGCACGUCGCCAUUGCACUCUCUUCUCCACAGUCAUUUCAACCUGGCUCCACGAUUGCCAAGUACCUUUCAUUUCUUCCUCACACCAUAUCACCCAUGUUACCCUUGCUUUGGACCCCCAACUCGUCGUUUCCCAUUUGGAUUCCACUCAAGGAUCUGGCCUGGUCUGACGUGUGAUGUCUCCAAAUGGUCUUCUCAGUAUAGUGAUCACUUUCUCUGAAUGGAUUAGGAUUAAUUUGAGCAAUAGUUUCCAGAAGUUGAUUUAUCUACCCAAAAAACUAUGAUGAAACUUUUACGACACCAUACAAGUACUUGGUAACUAUUUCCAAAUCCAUUGAAAACACAAUAAUUACAAUCAUUAUUUAACAUUAUGUCUUAUGGAUUUAAUUUAAAUGAAAGUGUAUACAGUUCAGAUUCGUAUAAAACAAAUGGUAGUUCAACGCCAAAUCGUAAAACAUCAAGACAAAAUGCUUUUACAAAAAGUAGUCUACAACAGAAUGGAGGAAGAAAAAAACAAAAAUGUGGUCCUCUUAUUUCAGUUAAUGGAACUGGAGGUGGAUCUGGUGAAAAAAGAUUUGAUGCACACUUUAAAGUCUUAUUAUUGGGUAAUUCUGGUGUAGGAAAGACAUCUAUACUAAGAACACUUGUCGGUGAAACUUUCUAUCAGACAACAAUUUCGACAAUUGGAAUUGACUUGAUCAAAAGGAUAUUCACUGUUGGAAAUCAUCGUAUACAACUUGAAGUAUGGGACACUGCAGGUCAAGAACAAUACCACUCUAUUGUAUCUCUACACUUUCGAGAAGCUAAAUGUUUUAUCGUUGUCUACGAUGUUACAGAUUUGGAAUCGUUUGAACAGAUACGUAAAUACUGGUUAAGAUCUGUGGAUGAUCAUAUGGAAGAUGCAGUGCCAGUUUUCUUUGUAGCCAAUAAAAUUGACAUGGUGAAAGAUAUCAAGGUGUCAACGGAACAAGGUCAAAAACUGACCUCUCAACAAGCAGCUCAUGGAUUUUUUGAAACUAGUGCAAAAACCGGUAAAAAUAUUCAGAAUUUAUUUCAAGCAGUUGCUGAAUGUAUGGUCUCUACAUGGGGUGCUCCAAAGCGUUGGUAUGAAAUGAAUCCCAAUGGUUAUAAUAAUUCAGAUCCCUGGUCGAAUUCUAAUUCUCCUCAAGACAAAGGAACAGUUCAACUAGAAAGGAAACCAAAGCAAUCCAAUAAACUGAAUUGUUGUUCAAUAAAUUAGAAUAAUUAUUCAUUGAGAUUUCGUGCCUUGAUGAUUUUUGUGAUGAAAAGUUAAGUUACUUUGUUGGUAAUAAGUAGUAUAAGUUUAUUUCGAAACAUUUGUCACAAUUUUUUUUAAAAAUAGUAUCUUUCUUGUAAACAUUUCGAUAUAUAAUGAUAUUGUAUAUACAACAGUCUAAUUAUAAAAGAUAUCAUACAAUAAUACUGAAGUCUAAAUUUCUAAAUUUUAUGCGCCGAGUUAUACAUACGCAGUCAUUUCAACUGAAAAUACAUUCACUGAUGCUUUUAUAUUUAUAUUCUCUUUUCUGAAGUGAAAAAUGAGACAAUUGUCACUAGAACCAUCAGAUGAAUACUUUCUUGAAGAGAAGUAGACAUUUUUCUUUUCAUGUACAGUUGUUUUAGGACAAUUUUCAUUUUCAUCUUAUGAUUAUCCAUUUUAAUGGAAAUUAACCGAUUAAUAAAGUGAUCCUUGAAACAUAUUCAUAUUUGUUAACAUUGUUCUUACCUUUAUUCUGUUUUCUUUCUCAGAAUCAAAAAUUUGGCUAUAGUUCUCAUUUCUUAACUUUCUUCAUCCUUUUUCUGAAAUAAAAUGUCAUUUCCUUCA